AUUCCAGAAGCUGAAUUACUCCACUCCAUAACCGCUUUCUUCAUUCCUUCUUUCUCAACUCAUUCACCUUCGAAAAUUCUGUGUUUUCUUCAUGACAAUCGCAUCAAUUUCAGCUCUCCGCCAGAAGUUACCGCCGUUCCUCAUCCGCCAGCACCGUUUCAUCUCCGCCGUUCAAAACCCUAUCAAUGCGAGAAGGCAGCAGCAGCAGAAGCAACAUCAACCCAACAAAAACGUGCUCAGAGCUCGAGAUACCUUCAAAAAGCAACUCUCCUCUCUGGCGCCGCUCCUCUCCCCCGACGACAAGCCGCCGCUCACCGAGAAUCAGGCAAUCGGCACGGUUGUUUCGUCCCAGGCUAAUUUCAUGCGCGUCGUUGUCAAUUCGGCGUCGCAGUCGGAAGAUUGGGGGAAUUUGGGGAUGGAGCUGCUGUGCGUGGUGAAGGAUGUGCUGAAGAAGAUAAAGAGGCGCGUUUUGGUGGGGGAUAGGGUUCUGGUAGGGGCGAUUGAUUGGGUGGAUAAAGGAGGCCGGAUUGAGAAUGUGUUUGAGCGUAAGAGCGAGAUUUUGGAUCCACCUGUGGCGAAUGUCGAUCAUUUGCUGGUGCUUUUCUCGAUUGAGCAGCCCACCGUCGAGCCGUUUACUCUUACUAGGUUCCUUGUGGAGGCUGAAUCCACUGGAAUUCCGCUCACGCUUGCGCUCAACAAAGUAGAGCUCGCUGACGAAGGGGCUCUGAAGGAAUGGAAGUCUCGGCUUCAUCAGUGGGGCUAUGAACCAGUAUUCUGUAGUAAUGAUACCAAACGAGGCCUUGAUACGCUGCAAUUUAUUUUGAGAGAGCAGACCUCUGUGAUUGUUGGUCCCAGCGGUGUUGGUAAAUCAAGUUUGAUCAAUGCUUUAAGGGGCAACAGAAGUGUUGUUGGGGCUGUUGAAGAUGAAAAUUUGUUUGAAAAUACUCUAGGAAGCAAGUGGUUUGAAGAGCAGCGUGUUGGAGAAGUGUCGACAAGGAGUGGGAGAGGAAAACACACUACUCGAAAUGUGUCGCUCCUUCCAUUAUCUGGAGGAGGAUAUCUUGCGGAUACCCCCGGCUUUAACCAGCCUAGUUUGAUGAAAGUAACAAAGCAGUCCCUCGCACAAUAUUUCCCCGAGAUUCGGAAAAUGCUGGAACAGGAUGGGCCUGGGAAGUGUUCUUUCAGUGAUUGCUUGCAUAUAGGUGAGCCUGGGUGUCUAGUCAAAGGAGACUGGGAAAGAUUUUCGUACUAUCUUCAACUGCUCGAUGAGAUUAAAAUUAGAGAGGAGUUUCAGCUCAGGACUUUUGGAACUAAAAGAGAGGGUGGUGUGAGGCUCAAGGUUGGAGAACUGGGUGUGAAGCAAGCUGAACCAAGAUUGGAACCCAAGAAGCACAGGAGGCAAUCACGCAAGACGGUAAACCAGUCCAUACUAGACGAGUUGGAUGAUGAAGAUGAUGACGACGAAACUCUUGAUAGUGAAAAUCCUAUUCUGAGGGCAAUGAAGGAAGAAAAUCAAUGAGCCAGCAUUGGUAUAUUACAGAAUAGCAAAACCUUGUAAAUAGACUUAAGGUGGCUCAACUAAUCUGAGAAUGGUAGUGUUCAUAGUAAAACUCUGUCGUUUUGCAUCUCGAAAAAGAACACCCUUUUAACUGGUAAAUCGAAUGAGAAAGAUGAUUUAUAAAAUCUUGGUUGUUUUUCUA